UCGUGUUUUCGUAUUAUUUCGCCCGUGAGAAGGGCCGAGGACCGCGCUAUUAUCUUACACUUAUUACGUGAUUGUUUUCGGAGUGUGUUUUAAUUCUUUGGGAGGAGCGUCGAGCAGCAUGCUGCUCUCUAAACUGGGCUCCUUCUCUCACAUCUCGUCCAGCAUGGAUCUGCCGGCGAGGCUGCAGCUUCAGUCAGCCAAAGCGGAGAAGCAGCCGUUUGAGAAGCUGUACCGGCUGGGCUCGGUGCUCGGCAGCGGGGGAUUCGGUACCGUCUUCUCAGCUGUCCGCCUCGCCGACGGGCUGCCGGUGGCGGUGAAGCAUGUGUUCAGGGACAGAGUGACGGAGUGGGGCUCUCUGUGCGGCGCCGUGGUUCCUCUGGAGAUCGUGCUGUUGAAGAAGGUGGGCGGGGCGUUUGGCGGAGUGGUGCGGCUCUUGGACUGGUGGGAGCGAGCGGACGGCUGGCUGAUGGCGAUGGAGCGGCCAGAGCAGGGGCAGGACUUGUUUGAUUACAUCACGGAGCGCGGCGCUCUGGACGAGGCGGCGGCCCGAGGCUUCUUCCUGCAGGUGCUUGAGGCCGUGCGUCACUGCUACGCCUGUGGCGUCGUCCACCGGGACAUCAAGGACGAGAACCUGCUGGUGGACCUCAGGAGCGGACAGAUCAAACUCAUCGACUUCGGCUCAGCGGCCCUCCUCAAAGACUCCGCCUACACAGAGUUUGACGGUACGCGGGUCUAUAGUCCUCCAGAGUGGAUCCAGUCUCACCGAUAUCACGGCCGCUCGGCCACCGUCUGGUCGCUCGGCGUGCUGCUCUAUGACAUGGUCUGCGGCGACAUCCCCUUCGAGCAGGACGAGGAGAUCCUGAGGGGACGAGUCUACUUCAGGAGAAAGGUCUCCUCGGAGUGUGAGCAGCUGAUUGGCUGGUGUCUGAGCCAGCAGCCAUCUGACCGGCCGACCCUGGAGCAGAUCCUCCUCCAUCCCUGGGUGACGAGCAGCGAUGGACCGCAGACAGACGGCAGUAGCAUCACACUCCACGCCAUCACAGCUGAUUCUUCUUCCUCGUCUUCCUCCUGCAGCCAGCAGAGCCUCUGAUUGGUCGAGUGGAGGCUGCCAGUGGGUGUGGCAUGGACUUGAUUGACAGGUGUUCAGUUACUUUGUGACUGUUGGAGCGAGUCAGCGGUCAGGAUGUGGUUGACUCUGCAGCGCCCCCUCCUGUUCACAGACGAUGGAGCAGCUCUUUUUGGAGCCUCAGCUCUGGUGAGGCUCCGUCUGGUCUUCCAGUUUCAGAGUGCCUUGAGUCUGAAAGCUGCUGGGUGGAGAGACGCCAUGGUAACAAACUGAUUUUGCAGGAGUUGGUCUUCAGAGGUUCCUUUUAGUUUAGAUAAUGAAGGUCUAACCCAAAGAAUCCAAAUAAAAAUGUGGUUACAUGACAGAAGAACCCAGCCACGUUCUGUGGCCUCCUUUAGUCUUGGUGGCGGUUCGGUUCUGGUCUGGUCUGGGAGGCUGCUGAGCUCAUUCCAACAUGCCGGUGCUCCGAGCCCUGAGUUGGGACACACUCAGUCAGUUUAUAGGGCCACUAGCUGCAUGGCUAAAGGAGCUAACUAGCUAACGACAGCUAGUAGAUACAGCAGUUUUGUUGGCAGCAGCUUGCGGUUACCCUGGUGAUAAGCUGCCCCCGUCUGUGUGGCGUGGCCUUCGACAGGUGGCCAUGUUUAACACAUCGCACCUUUUUAAAGAACAUUUCCAUCCUCUGAGGAUCCAAACACACACCUCAGCCACACACACACACACACACACACACACACCUGAGCUGGAACCGGUUUAGGACACCAGACUUGAGUCUCAGUUCUGAUACCAAAACAUGACUUUUUGAUACUUUACUCAACUUUGAGUAGAAACGUUUCGCAGACAGACGAGGACUAAAUAAAACAGCCUAAGAUGAACAAAAAUACUAGAUGGUGACAGCUGAAGAGAUUCAGGACAGCGAGGAGAGAGGAGAGCGCGACGCCCUCAGCUGCUCAGUCUUCGAUACUUCUAGAAGUUGGUGUUUGUACGAUGAUGAGAUGCAUAUUUUUCCUCCGAGGUUCUGCAGCCAGUCCUCCAUCUGUCUUCUCUCUCUUCUAAAACGCACAGUCAAUGCAAAUAUUCAGUUUUGUAUUUUGAAUAAAUGUGUAUAAGUACAUUUUUCUGUUUUAUUUAUGUAGUGAAGGAACAUUCCUCAUCCUGUGGUUAUUUAUUUAAGUUGUCUUCCGUCUAACUUUUCUAAAAAAAAAUAUUUUUUUA